CAUUCUAACUUUCCUAGUGAGAAGCAGAUACAUAUAAAUUAUAAUUAAUCGACGGUCACCUAACUUCUCAACUUAUUAUUAUUAGAAGAAGAAAUUAUAAUAAUAACCAUCAUCAUCAUCGUUACUAUAAUCGAGCGUCAUUGUUAAUUCAGGGUAGCCCACACUUAAGUUCAGUCGCAACUAAUCGAGACCCGAUGUUGCCAGCUCGAUGUUGUCAAAAAGGCCGCUCAGAAGGCUGGUUAAUGGCGCUACUUUCGGCGGCCUACGAAAUAGUGCGGGGCGAUUAAAGCUUUAUUUCUCGCUGUGUGUUUUUCAGAUUGCCGGAUAGCUGGACUUAGCACCACGAUAUGCAGUGAUGAAGCGGGUUAGGACUGAGCAGAUCCAGUAUACAGUGGCUCAGUACCUGAAGCGACGGCAGUAUGUGGACACUGAGAGUUCCUCCAAAGGAGCCAAACUCUCUCAGUCUGCUGAGGAAAUGGCAGCAAAUCUCAUAGUCCAGGCUGAGUCUGGCUGUGCCAAUGUGGUGUCUGCUGCCCCUUGCCAGGCAGACCCACAACAGUAUGAGAAGCAGUUUGCCAGGCUGCGCGCCUUCCUCUCCGAUGCUGACGUGUCCUGGGGUCAGGAGGUGAGCGGCCUGCUCUAUCCGCUCUUCGUCUACCUGUACCUGGACAUGGUGCACUGCGGCCUGAAGAGUGCCGUCGACAGCUUCUACAGCCGCUUCCAGGGGCUCUUCCUGCAGGAUGCUGAGCAGAGGGAUAUCGUUGACCUGUUGCGGCAUGUCCUCACCUCGCAGGACGUCUUCUCCAACCCCAAGCUCUCUGCUUUCCUUGACCACAAAUAUGUGGUGCAUCUGACUGAGCCAGCCUACAGCUACCUGCUGCGUUACCUGCAGAGUGGGGACAAUGGCGCCCUUUGCUGGGUGCUGAGUACCCACAUGCAGGUUGAGGUCACUGAAGUCCAGCGGAUGGGCUACCAGCUAUAUGGAUCGGCUCCCGGCGCUGGGUCUUCCUCACGGGGGGGGGACGCCGGGGAGGGCCUGGAUCCCGCCAACGUGACGUCCAGCAUCCUCCACAACGAGGCCGUGGUGGAGUCGCUGCAGGACUGCAUCAAGCGCGUGAAGGACGGCCCGGCGUCGCUCACUACCGUCUGCUUCUACGCCUUCCACCACACCGAGCAGCUGCUCAACACUGCCGAGAUCUCGGCCGACAGCAAGCUCCUGGCCGCCGGAUUCGACAACUCCUGCGUUAAGCUGUGGAGCCUGCGGGCGCGCAAGCUCAAGGCAGAGCCCCACCUAGUGGAUGUGUCCCGCGUGCACCUGGCCUGCGACGUGCUGGAUGACGAGGCCGAGGACGAGGACAGCGUCGGCAGCGAGAUGAAGGUCCUACGAGGCCACUCGGGCCCCGUUUACCGCACCGCCUUCCUGACGGACAGCUCGGGCCUGCUCUCCUGCUCCGAGGACUCCACCGUCCGUUACUGGAAUCUGAGCAACUUCACCAACACUGUGCUGUACCAGGGCCACGCCUACCCAGUGUGGGACGUGGACAUCAGCCCCUGCAGCCUGUACUUCGCCAGCGGCUCGCAGGAUCGCACGGCGCGCCUCUGGACCUUCAGCCGCACGUACCCCCUGCGGCUGUACGCCGGACACCUGGCUGACGUCGACUGUGUGAAAUUCCACCCCAACUCGAACUACGUGGCCACAGGUUCCACGGACAAGACGGUGCGGCUGUGGAGCACCCAGCAGGGCAGCUCGGUGCGUCUCUUCACGGGACACCGCGGCCCUGUACUCACCCUGGCCUUCUCCCCCAACGGCAAGUACCUGGCGUCGGCUGGCGAGGACCAGCGCCUCAAGCUGUGGGACCUGGCGUCGGGGACGCUCUUCAAGGACCUCCGCGGCCACACGGACACCAUCAGCAGCCUGUCGUUCAGCCCCGACAGCAGUCUGGUGGCCUCGGCCUCCAUGGACAACUCGGUGCGGGUGUGGGACCUCCGCAACGCCCACGGCAACAGCACCAGCGCCGGCGACGGCUCCUCCAGCGAGCUGGUGGGGCUCUACACUGGCAACACUAGUAACAUGCUCAGCGUCCAGUUCAUGGCCUGCAACCUGCUGCUGGUGACGGGGACGGCGCUGGAGAAGCAUGAGCACUAGCCUGACUGCAGGGGGCGCUAUCUAGAGGCGAGACUAAAACGCAGCACAGACGGUGAGAUGGGGGCGCAGGGGGAUUGGGCUCCCUAGGCAGCUGCACUGUGUUCCGGUCCAAAUACGAGCGGCGUUAAUGGAGCCCCUUAAGCCCUGGACUGUUUACAGAGAGCUGUACACUGACAGCAUGGCUCCCGGCACUCGGAUCUCCAUGAAGGGCAGAGCAAAGCACUAUAUAUAUGUUAUUUUUGUGCCAAAGUAUUUUUGUUCAAGUGGGAAACCACUAUGCUUUCUUGGGUCUUGGUUUCAUUUUCGUUCUUGGCGCUCAUUUUGCCGGAUGAAUACUAGAGCAAAAUGUUGUAAUGCUCUACUGGGUCAAGACGAGGAAAUAAUGUCAGUUACUGCAGCAAAAAUUGCCAGCGGACAACAAUAUUUAGUUUUUUCAGGGUCAGUUCCUUUUAAUGAAGCCUGUCUAUCCUUGGUAGCUGCUUCUUUAUAUGAGCCCAGAAUGUUUGAGUGAGAGGAUGAUGUUUGUGGGCAAUAAAAAAGUCAUUUAAAUGUGUGUUGACAAAACAAUUGUGAAGCAUUUAAAUUCCCACAUCCUACAUUUACCAAAAACAUGAUUCUGAAUGUACAGGGCAUUGCGCUGCUCAUAUUUUGCUCUAGUUUUUUUGGUAAAAUUAUAGAAUAGGAUCUUUAAAUACUAAUAUUCCAUUCAUAUCUCUUUGAGUGUCACUUGAUUUAGAUAUUGAGAUGAAAAAUAUUUGUGUUAAUCUUCUGAGGAUAUAUUUACAUGGAGUUCCUGUUAUGGUUUUCCACGUUUUAGCUAAAACUGGAGCAAAAAUGCUGUCUGGCACUGGUAUUGUUUUUGUUUUGGAUUAUUUUGGACAGAAGUGUAAUAUUUCAUAUUUACCAUGUGAAGUUCACUGGGAUGCACUCACUGAUCCAAGACACGCUACCUGUCAUUUUUUUAAGUACAUGAUGCUCAGUGACCGUAUUAGUAUUUCAGAGGUAGGAAAAUAUUUCUAAUUCAAAAUCCCAUUUGUAUUUAUUUCAUACAGCUAAAUAUUAAUUUAGUCAUUUGGAAUAUUCAAGUUGAACUGUCAUCUGAUUUGUCAGUCAUCUGUUGCUGCAUUAUGAAAUAAAAUCCCAAGUGUACAUCAAAGAUUAUUGGUUUAUUUUGGCCUCUGAGUCACUGGCAUUUCCCAUCAUGGUCUAUUCAAAAGAAGAUUGUGGGUAACUGGAUUUAUGAGGAGUCGUCUCUGACUGGGGGGCAGUAGUGUGUAGCUCAAUAGGUUAGGGCUGUUUGCCCCAGUCUGGAUGGCUUUAGGUCUCCCGUGGCCAGCAGACUAAUGAUGUCACUGUCGGGCUUUAACCUCGGCUGCUGCAGGGAAGCUGUCGACCUGGAGCUCCUUCCCUCACCCAAGUGUCACUUUGGCAGAGGCCUCUGCUGCACGAGUGAAUGAAUGUUGGACGUGUUGCUUCCAUGAACUUUGCACAAAGCCAGCAUAUCACCUUGUAAUACCUCCCCCCCAGGAGGUGUGUAGCUUAAUUUGAAUUUCCUGAAACUUUUUGUUAAGCUGAAAGUGCUUUAUUAAAAAAGAUGUUCAAAUAUAA